CAUCCUUUCACCUCCGUGUAAACGGAAGUACACUGUGACCAAGGAGAUUUCCACGUUACAGUUUUUAUUUUUGUUAUUUAUACGGUUUUUGACACCAUGGAACUCUAAAUAUGACUCGUUUAACUGCACAGCAUCAAAUACUUACCCAGUGUAGUCUUUAAUUCGCGUUGGAAACAGGACUUGGUUGUUAAAUGUUAUCUAGGUAACGCUUACUAGCUGCUAAUAAGCGUUAACUAACAAUGGCUAACGAUAUGGUUUUUCACACUCAAAUAGCCUCCAUUAUGGAGGUGCUAGCGAAUGCAGCCGUGGCAGAGGUCUGCAAACUCGUAGAUGACGACUAUGCAGUGUUUCGUUUGGAAAUAACUCAAAGCCAGAAAGAAAAUAGGUCAUUAAGGAGGAAACUACAGCUUCUGGAACUGAAGGUGUCACGGGAGCGCGCAGAGAGGACAAUGCGAGAGCGUUUCUACACCAGUCCCAGAAGUGUCAAGCUCGUCGACGCAUACAGAGGAAUGGCAAGAGGUGAAGGACAUCUCACUGGAAGCCACAGGAGCUUUGUGAAGCCAGGGGGACACAAUACAUGGAGAGAUGACAAACCAAUCACUGUUGAUGAGGAAAUUGGAACCUCAACCCAGCACAUUAUCUUGAUUGAGGAUGCAGAGGCUGCAGGUCCUGGGGUCAAGCAGGAGAAGUCUGAAGGAGAGGAGGACCCACAGCACAGCAGAGACAUCCAGAUUGGAGCGCCCCCUGAAUCCACGGAGGACCUCGCCGCCACACCCCAGCCCAAGACCCGACGCAGCAUCAUGGAGGAGGAGGAGGGUCCAGAGAUGCUGCUGGUGAAGGAGGAGGGGUGUGAGGAGGGUCUGGGGAACCCUGAGGGGACCAUGGUCAUGGAGGACAACCAGACUACACCUCCUCCUGAACCCACAGAGGAACCAUCUGAGCAGCACAGGACCACACACAGUCUCACUGAGUCAAUAGACAUGGAGGAUGGGAAGCCUGAUCUUCUGCUGAUCAAAGAGGAGACAAUAGAGGAUGGACCAGAGAGCAUUGAUCUGCUGAGUGGACUAAAGAUGGGGGAGCAAGGUGAUUGGCUGGGGGCUAAAAGAGGAGAUUGGGCAGCCAUCUUGGAUUCCCAGACUGGUGCAGCCAAGGGCCCAGGGGAUGACAUCACUGAGCAGGCCGGGACCAGAGGCGACAUAGUGGAGGUCAGUGGAUGGGACAUCGUCCUCAACUCUGGGCUGGGGAACAACACUGUUAACCACAACCAGAAACAGACGGUCGAACUCAAAACAACAACCAAACUUAGUCUCCAUGACAACAGACUGGCUGAGACCAGGACGAGGUUUAGAUUUGGUCUGCAGGGACGGGGAGAUGUCCAUAUGCGGCAGGACAGAACAGACACAGACUCUGCUAGCGAUGCUCCAUCCUGCUCCUAUAGUUGUGAUUCAGAGAGACUGUUGGCGCCUCAGUGUAACCCCCCAACAGGUGCUGCCUUCAGCCUGCCUUCUAUAGGAUCUAUCAACUGGAAGAUGGACCCUGUGACAACACAGACACUUCCUGGCCUUCAUCCUCCUCACACUCUCCUAAUGUUAAACCAGCCUUCAGACAACGCCAGUGCCUCAACACUAAAUGGCUACACAAGCCCAUUGACAAAUGACAGUAGUGGUAGUAAUGCUGUAAGCAGAUCCGGUGACAAAGAGAAGCGCUUCCCAUGUUCGUUCUGUGGGAAAGCCUUCAGUUUCCCUAAACAGGUGGAGAUCCACCAGAGGAUGCACACAGGGGAGAAACCAUUCAGCUGCCACCUUUGCCAGGCUAGUUUCUCACACUCCUCCAACCUGAAUAGGCACCAGAGGGUCCACACAGGGGUGAAACCCUUCAGCUGUACCCAGUGUCACAUGUGCUUCACCCAGGCUGGUCACAUGAAGAGGCACCAGAGGGUCCACACGGGGGAGAAACCCUUUAGCUGCCCCCAGUGUGAAAAGAAGUUCUCCCGCCAGAAUCAGCUGAAGAUGCACCUGAAGUUCCACACGGGAUAGAGGCCUACGCACUGCAGGAAGAGGUUCUCAGAGAGGAGCUACCUUAGGAUACACCAGCUGAAAAACCAUUCCACUCUUUAACAUAAAAGUAAUCAUUCCACUCGAUAGCUUCUGACUUUUAGAUCAAAUCCUACAUUAAAGACAAUUCAUUUUAAUUGUAGUCAGCAGAAAAGAUCCACAGUUGCAUUUGGAAUAGCGAGAGUAACAGAUUUCAGUGUAGAAUAUUGCAUCGAGACAAUGUGACAUAUAAGGCAUUUAAGCAAUUCAAAAACGUUCCAUUAUAAAUCUCAAUCUGGUUCCGGUGGGCAUCAUUUGAAAGCGUAUUAUAUUUCCAACAUGACUUGCUAAGUUCUAAAAUACGAUCUUACAGUGUUAGACUUUGACCACGCACUUUAGACAAACCGAUCGCAUUAGAAUGGAGUCAUAGCCUCCCAGGUGGCGCAGUGGUCUAAGGCACUGCAUCGCAGUGCUAGCUGUGCCACCAGAGACUCUGGGUUCGGGCCCAGGCUCUGUCGCAGUCGGCCGCGACCGGGAGGUCCAUGGGGCGACGUACAAUUGGCCUAGCAUCGUCCGGGUUAGGGAGAGUUUGGCAGCUAGGGAUAUCCUUGUCUCAUCUCGCACCAGCGACUCCUGUGGCGGGCCAGGCGCAGUGCACGCUAACCAGGUCGCCAGGUGCACAGUGUUUCCUCCGACACAUUGGUGCGGCUGGCUUCUGGGUUGGAUGCGCGCUGUGUUAAGAAGCAGUGCGGCUUGGUUGGGUUGUGUUUCGGAGGACGCAUGGCUUUCGACCUUCGUCUCUCCCGAGCCCGUACGGGAGUUGUAGCGAUGAGACAAGAUGGUAACUACUAACAAUUGGAUACCAUAAAAUUGGGGAGAAAAAGGGGGGCACAUUUUUUUUUUAUACAUAUAACACUGCGUUCAGGUGCGUGUUCCGCUUCUAAUUUUCUUCACAAUACGCCAAACAUGCUCAUUCUGUUCAGGAUGUGACACAUGACAUCCUUGUCACUGUAUGGCGGCCUUCGGCAUCUGCGGCGGAAGGUGGCCCGAGCUACAGCGGUGUUUGUCGGGCCUUGAGACGGCCCGAAAAUCGGACGUCUCACAAAAACGUCUGUAGCGUCCGAACGGUUUGGCGUACAAAACUAAUAUUACUAUGGAAAGAUGGGGCUCUCUCAAACAUAAUGUUCUCCGUUUUCCUCUACGACCCCACAAGUAUCACAGGUUCAUUAAAACAAUGAAUGGAGAUAGUUUUGUGCCUACCCAAAAAAAGAAGAAUACACUAAGAUCAUAUUUUCUAACUUAGUCAUGUUGGAAAUAGAAUAAGGUUUAAAAUUAUGCCCACCUGACCCAGAUUGAGAUUUAUAAUUGAACAUUUUGCAUUGCUUAAACAACAUUGGUAAUUGUGUUAUGGUGGGAAUACAAGGCUGUGUAAAAUAAAAAAUAAAGUCUGCUUGCUUCAGUUCCUCAACUUCGAAGCUAGGAGAGCUCAAAACAGCUUAUAUUUGAAGGCUCUUUCCUUGAAUCAUAAAAGUACAUUGAAAUGAUGUGGGGACUGCACAGUUUGGAGAGGUGUGUGGCCACUUGGAGACACCAGUUAGGCCUCUCACUCAAACCCUUGUAAUUUUCCAAUAAAAUUAUUUUCAUGUUACUGAAUACAUCCAGAGUACUUUGAGAUUCCGUUAUCAACAAAUGCGGCAAAAUCCAGUAAAAGUCAAAUGCACAUAAAAUCAAGCGUUCUGUUUGGAUUCAGUCUUAUCAGAUGAACUGUUGUGUCGUCACCUUUGGCGAUUAUGGGGAAAUGAUCAGACAAGUGGGGCGCCAGGUAUCCUAGUGGUUAGAGUGUUGGGCAAUUAACCAAAGGUUGCUAAUUCGAAUCCCCGAGCUGACAAGUUAAAAAUCUGUCAUUCAGCCCCUGAGCAAGGCAGUUAACCAACUGUUCCUAGGCCAUCAUUGUAAAUAAGGUUUUGUUCUUAAUUGACUUGCCGAGUUAAAUAAAGGCCAAAUAAAAUAAAUAAAUAAAGUGUCCCCUUUGAACUGUUACCAUGGUAAUGCAUACACUUUUUAUAUUUCUUCUAUAGGAAACAUUUCAAUAUGACCUUUUCCAUAUAGGCCAAUGUCCACAAGUGUAAAGGGUUAAUGAGAAAGGAAUGCACUUUAUCAAGUUCAUGAUGAUUUUUUUGUUGAGAUGUGUAUGUGUGGUUUUCUUAUGGUGUAUUUAAAAAUAGUUUGUUUAAUAAAACACAAAAAUGUGA